AUGUUACCACGUAUACCAAAGCCGACUAUACGUGAUUUUUCAUUGACGCAAUCACAAACACGAACACGUUUAUGUAACCAUAAUGAAAUAUUCGAUCCGUGUGAGAAGUUAUUAAAAUUAACACCAUUUGAAAAGGCUACACUUAUGUCUUGCUUAUCCGAUACCAAUGUUGAUAAAGGUUUAAGUUUGUAUAUAUUGUUACAUUAUUUGUCUGCAAUUAAUAGCAACUCAUAUUAUUAUCAUUAUGUUAAUAAUGGUAAUUCUGAUGGUACAAAUAUGUUUGGACACAUUAUUGGUACAUCAGGUAGUGGCAAGUCGUCGGCCUUAACUCCUCAUAUGGAUGCCCUAGGUCGAACUUUAUCACAAAUGGAUAUCAAACAAGAGUAUAUUCAACAUCCAAAUAAAAGUAUAGAUUUAUUAUUUGAACAACCAUAUAUUGUUUCAAAUUCGACAGCACUUCAAGUGUUUCGUAGUUUAUUAUAUGGCAAUCGUUUAUUAUGUUCCACAGAAUGCGACACUUUACUUUCGAAUUUAGGUGCAUAUGAUAAUCAAUAUAGUGAUCCUCGUUUUUCAGAAAAUGUGAAUAUGCUUAUUCAAAUGUUCGAUGGAACUAAACAACAGAAUCGAGCAACUCUUUCUACAUCGUACAAUAUUCCGGACGGAAGACGUGCCUCUAUUAUUGGUGCAAGUGUUGGUGAUCCAUAUGCUCGUGUAUGA